AUGAAAAGUGUAUUUACGCAAGAUGAACUUAUAGAUCUUUAUGGUUGGAUAGAUACAAUACCAUUAUCCAGAAAAAAGAGGAACUUAGCAAGAGACUUUUCAGAUGCAGUAUUAAUGGCCGAAGUAGUGAAUCAUUUUUAUCCAAAAUCCGUUGAUCUUUUCAAUUAUCAACAGGGAUUACGUGUCGAUACAAAAAUUUACAACUGGACAUAUCUUAAUGAAAAAGUUCUCAAAAAAUUACAUUUUCCUCUUGAUACUCAAACAAUCACAGAAUUAGCUAACUCAACUCCAGGAACUAUUGAAAGAGUUUUAUGGAAUUUUAGAGAUUUAGUCGAUUGCAAACCAGAAGAAAACGAAAAACCAUACUUCAUUGACUCUGACUCAGAUCUUGACAGAGAUCCAGUUGAACAAUAUACAGAAUCGCAAUCUUUUCAAGAUAGAAAACUUCUCGAACAAAAAAUUGCAGAAUGUGAAGAACAUGAAGAAUAUAUUUCAUUACUUGAAAAUAAAAUCGAAAAAUUAGAACAACUAAUUAAGCUUAAAGAUGCUAAGAUUGCUAAAUUAACACGUCAACUUGAGAAAAGACAAUAA